CUUAAAUACAACCCGGCAGUCAUCAAGUACGAGACCAUGCCCCUCCACGAGCUAGUGCGCUUCAGCACAGCUUCUGACCACGUAGGAGCGCGACUGGCCUACCUUCAGAGGGGCUUGGAUGAGUACCAGCAGCAGUUCAGUGCCUGCCGCUGCGCCCCCUGCAGGCAUAACGGUGUGCCCGUACUGGCCGCUACUUCCUGCAGCUGCAUCUGCAAGGCCGGCUACCAAGGACUAGCCUGCCAGGACGCCCUGCGACCAGGUCUGUCAAUCACUACAGUAGUCCAGGCUACUUUGUCACCACGUCUGUGAUGGACUAGUAGUCUAGGAUAGUUUGGGACCAGGUCUGUGAUGGACUGAUAGUCUAGGCUACUUUGUGACCAGGUCUGUGAUGGACUAGUUGUCUACAGUAGUUUGUGACCAGGUGUGUGAUGAAGGAGUAGUUUACAGUAGUUUGUGACCAGGUGUGUGAUGAAGGUCGUCUACAGUAGUUUGUGACCAGGUGUGUGAUGAAGGUCGUCUACAGUAGUUUGUGACCAGGUGUGUGAUGAAGGAGUAGUCUACAGUAGUUUGUGACCAGGUGUGUGAUGAAGGAGUAGUUUACAGUAGUUUGUGACCAGGUGUGUGAUGAAGGUCGUCUACAGUAGUUUGUGACCAGGUGUGUGAUGAAGGUCGUCUACAGUAGUUUGUGACCAGGUGUGUGAUGAAGGAGUAGUCUACAGUAGUUUGUGACCAGGUGUGUGAUGAAGGAGUAGUCUACAGUAGUUUGUGACCAGGUGUGUGAUGAAGGAGUAGUCUACAGUAGUUUGUGACCAGGUGUGUGAUGAAGGAGUAGUCUACAGUAGUUUGUGACCAGGUGUGUGAUGAAGGAGUAGUCUACAGUAGUUUGUGACCAGGUGUGUGAUGAAGGUCGUCUACAGUAGUUUGUGACCAGGUGUGUGAUGAAGGUCGUCUACAGUAGUUUGUGACCAGGUGUGUGAUGAAGGAGUAGUCUACAGUAGUUUGUGACCAGGUGUGUGAUGAAGGAGUAGUCUACAGUAGUUUGUGACCAGGUGUGUGAUGAAGGAGUAGUUUACAGGUGUGUGCCUGGCCAGUAACCUAGAAGUAGUCUUUGCCAAUAAGGUGAAAGUCUAGUCUUUGGUUGUGCCCUAGAAAGGUG